AUGAAGAAGUUGAUAAUAGAUGUUGAUACAGGAGUAGAUGAUGCUAUGGCUUUAUUACAUUGUAUUGGACAGUCUAAAGCGGGAACGGAGGUUCUAGCAAUCACUUGUGUUAAUGGUAAUGUGGGACUUGACCGUGUUCUUAGAAAUACGUUGAGGACGUUACAGUAUGCAGAUAAAUCAAACAUACCUGUUUACAGAGGUGCUGUUAAACCGCUGAUUCCUUGGAAAACUGAAGGUGCCACGCAUUUCCACGGUAAUGAUGGUUUAGGUGAUGCAAAAUGGGAUACACCAGAUGACAUCAGUUUGAUCCAAUCAGAACACGCCGUUCAUGCUCUUAUCCGAUUGGUUAAAGAACACCCUGGGGAAAUAACUCUAGUUACUUUAGCUCCGUUAACCAAUAUAGCUCUAGCUCUUCAAUUAGAUGAAACUUUUAGCUCCAAUCUAAAAGAAGUAAUGAUCAUGGGAGGAAAUAUCGAAGGGAAGGGCAACGUUAGUUUAUCAGCAGAGUUUAAUUUUCAUGUUGAUCCUGAAGCCGCCGCUAUUGUUUUACAAGAUUUGAAAUGUCCUGUUACCAUGGUAACAUGGGAAACAUGUAUUCAUUCUACAAUUUCUGAGGAAGACUAUGAAAAACUGUUACUUAUCCAGACACCAAGGGCAGAAUUCUUCAGAAAAAUUUCAGAUAAUCGACAACAUCUGAUUUCCAGCAAAAAGAAAUUAAACCCUGGUUUUAGGAGUUGUGAUUGGUUUGCUGCCAUGGUUCUGUUUGAUGAAAGCCUGUGUCUGGAAUAUAUCAGUGCUCAUGCCAGUGUGGAAUUACAAGGGAGGUUCACACGGGGACAGAUGGUAGUAGACUGGCUUGGGCGAUGGAGUGACAUGCCGAAUGUAAAAAUUGCAAUGCGGUUAGAUCGUGCAAGACUCUUAACCACCAUGCGCGAUUUUUUGAGUCAAGAAUAAUUUGUAGAUGAAAUAUAAGAUCCUAAAGCAAAUAUGCAGCCUUUCUCUCAAAACUAGUUUUAAAAUAGAUUCCAAAGAUUCCAAUGUACGAUUCUCGCAUUGUGUUCUUUUUAAUUUCUGACACCAUCAUUCAAAACUAAGUUGAUUAACUUGAUUAAAAUGCUGAUGUUUCGGGGUUUUUCUGAAGGUUAAUACAUCUACCAUCCACAAUCUCACGAGAUUGUUUUUAAAUUUUGUUUUGUGGAAUUUGCACACAAUGGUAUUAGUCUGAAUUUCAAACGCAAAAACCACUAUAUAUAACAUGUUCUGAGCUUCAAGAAUAGUUCUGACACCAUAAAGCUACAUAGUUAAAUACAAUAUUUUAUUGAAAGAUAUUUUUCACAACAAAGCAACAAAAAAACACGCAUCAAUAAAAUACAGGUGGUAACAUUUCUUUGUGAAACUGGAAGUUAUGUUUUCGUGUCACAAAGUUUUGUAUUUGAAUAUGAUAUGUAUUUUUCAAACAUGCGUAUCCGCAGACCUUCAGUGCAAAUUUUCAUUUUUCGGUCUCUUUUGGGUAUGGCUGGAUCAAUUGACAGCAUUUAGACACCAAAUGGAGAAAAAAGUGGAAAUGAAAAUCUUCUUAAUUUGUGAAAAUGAUCUGUACUUAGGUUGCUGGAAACAGUUUCUUGUGGUGCAUGUAGUUAUUGUCAUGAUGAUGAUCAUGGCCCAGUCUUGAUCUGAGACCAAAUCGUCUUCUGCCAAAAAUGCCUAUAUUGUUUAAGUUAUUGUAGUUGUUGUAUCCGUAAGGAUAACCACCGAAUCCCAUGGGAUUGUAGGCUCCAAUGGGAUUGUAGCCUCCAAUGGGAUUGUACCCUCCAAUGGGAUUGUAGCCUCCAAUGGGAUUGUAGCCUCCAAUUAAAGGUGCACCGCCACUAACUGGAACGUGGUCGCGUUGCACGUUAACUCUUCCAAAUCUAUCGACAACAUGUGUGUUGACGUGAGCAUCAAUAUGGUCUCCAUGUCGUGAAUACCCUGAAAAACAAUCAAUGUUUCAAUCUGCAUUGUUCAUUAGUAUUGUUAAUUUGACAUGGAUUUCUGUCUAUUUUCCAGAAAAAAAAAUUUUCAUUAUGGCAUAGGAGGAAGUUUGUGGAAAAAUUGCGGGAGUAUAGCCGGUAUUUAUCAGGCACAAAACUUCAGACGUUUCCAUUUCCUAAAAUUUUGUCAAUGAUGUCAUAGAAGUGUUAUUACCAUUAUAACACUUCUGCAGUAUAACUAAGACAUUCUUACUGUUCCUGAAAUCGAUCCAUGCGCAUUUAUUUUGAUGAUGCUUUGAAAUCAGAACCAUGCCAAAGGCAUUAGGUCACAUACCUUACCUGUUACUUGUUGUCGUCCGUGAAGAAAUGGUGAAUGACCAACACUGGGUCCGUGAUAUAUUGCGGCCUGGGCUACAUAUGCUACACAAAGGAG